ACACUCGCGAAGCGUCGCUCGACGACGCGAGAACGUCUUGCUUUAACCAAUAGUUUUUGUCUACAUGUUUAUUUUUUUCCCCCUUAUUGUUUAUCGACGUUCCCGAAGUUUACUGCUCUAUUUAUCAUUUUCGUGCGUGUAAAAUUUGUUUUUUCGUUCAAACUAAUUGGCAUUCAGUGAAUUAUGUUUGUGCCUUAUUUCGUAAUCAAGGACAUCAGUGAUGUGUGCUCCGAAACGAUAAGUGAAGUAUUUGGUAUCGAAACCUUGUCGAGGCGUGUGUACCUUGCAGGUAAUGCAGUGGCACUCGUCAGUGGGAAAUCACCAUUUGGAUAGAAUGACGCCCCGAAAAAAUGAGUCUUUCGAUUCCGUUUGAAAAGCCAUUAAAAAUUGAUCGUAAGCAGCGCUCCUAGCGUUCCUAACCUCAAAAGUCGGAUCGUUAAAAUCGGUGAGAAAAAAAGUGAAAGAAUAAAAGUUUCGUGAUAAGAAACUCAGAAUGGCAACGGGUCCGAUUUGUCAGCGGAAGCCAGCGCGCUGUUUGAAAGUCCCGCUCAAAUCGACCGAGCAAAUUUAUUUAGUAUUUCUAAUGCCAAUCCUGUUCGGUUGUGCCGUGUACGUAAUAAAUUUCGCGGCAGAUUUCGUCGUCGCGAUACAACACUAUCGCGAGGGUCAUCCAUUUUGGGCUAUUGCCACAAUCGCUUUGAUGUACGCACCGGCUUUUGUUUAUUUCGCGCUUACCGUAUCGCGUCCCGACUGGUGGAUGACCGAGGACGAGUCGAUCAAAGACGGCGUGCUCGCAUGGUUCGCCAUGCAAAUAUUGCAGCUUCUAGCCUUUCCUUUGUUCGCGCUGUACCGAUACGCGAGUCUAAUUGUUCUCGCGAUCGACGCUACGAUGCUCAACGGUGAGGAAAGAACGAGAACCCUCAACAUGGCGGCAGCACCAGCGGCCAUCGAAUUGUACUUUUUUCUCCAGGCCUGGUUUCAAGCAGCCCCACAAGCUGUUUUUCAAACUCAUCUAUUGUUUCGUGAAUACACUAAUGAACGUACACAUCAGACAGUUGUCGUCCACAUGCUGUGCAUCCUCAUGUCGAUCGUAGUAAUGUCAAUGGAGACAGCGUCGUUUCAGCGGUUCGAGAGCCAGCGCAUAAACGGUAGGAGAUUGCCCUGGGCGACGUGGUUGAAAAAGUACCGUGAGCAGGAGAGCGGUAAUCAGGACGAGAAAAAACCGCUGCAGGUGGAAAUGACAUCGUCGACGGUGCGUAGUUCCGUGGCCCCGUUGAUCGAGGCGGAAGAGACGUCGCCGGAGGGGGAAAUCGGAGGAGAGAGGGAGGCAGCGGUGUCGAGGCAGAAUUUGGAGCGUCAGGUAUCGAUGACGCCGCCGUUGCCGCCGAAGAAUCUUCAAGUGAAACCACCCCCGGCGCCGAUAAGGGGCUUGACGAGCGUGGCGUCUUUACCGGUGCCGGAAAUGCCCGCUCCCCCAAGGCCGGACUCCAUAGUCCGGGAACCGGAGGCUCCGGCUUCCGAUAGGCGCGUUAACAUCGCCGAGGCUCCCAGCGACGAUGAGACUGCCAGGAAAAUUCGUAAUUUGCGAAUACCCCAAAGAAAGUACUCCGUUAAGGGCCUCGACGAGGACGAUCCGGCCGGGAAAUUCGUCGCUUUCGUGUGGUGGUUCUUCUUCAUCGUUGCACGAGUUUUCUCCGUCGCUAUUUUCUACGAAUUUUAUCCAAUGUGGCUCCUCGGUCUUCUCGCCACUCAUUAUCUCCUCAUGGUCGCUUACAUUCUCUACAACGCCAAGUAUUACGACGUCACCAACUUUUUUCUCACCCUCUGGCUCGGCUUCGUUUAUCUCUUCUGCGUCAUCGAGUACAGAGUCAAAUUCAAAUACGCAGAUAUCUCACUCCUCGUUUAUUACACCUUCGUCAUCCUCCAAAACGCCGUUAUCACCGUCACCUGGUUCGUCCUCGCCGAGUGGAACGGAUUCUGGUACACUUACAUGUUCUUCUCGAUCAUCGUCAGCAUGGCUUUGUGCUUCAUGUCCGCUGGUGUCUACGCACUUUUACUGAAACCAAAGAAACGACGAGUUUACGCCAGUUGACAAUUUCCACAAUAAUUCGUCGCACUAUUCCUUACUCACAGUCUCCGAUCGUUCGAUCUUAGCGCUUUCAUUUAAGGCUGUUCCGUGCAAACAUCUCGAUCGAUCAUCCCACUUUGCCCGGGCUCCUGUGCCAUUUAGAAAAUAAUUUCGAAAGCACCGCCACCCAGUUUUCUCGCAACUUUCAUUGAAGAGAUUUUUGUGAACAAACAUUUCAAACAAAACUCGAUUUUCGAUCGAGCACGACGAGUGCAACGUUCUUAAUUAUUUUUUAUUUUUAUAACACGGAACAUCGUUUUUCGGUGAAUCCACGACUGAAUAAUUUUUUAUAUUAUUUUUCAUUGAGUUUUUUUUUUGUUCAAUUGUAUAGUUUUUUCAAUCAAAUCGUUCUCUUCGAACUUCAAUUGUAAAUUGAGUACUACGAGAGAAUUUUUAAAUGUGGAAGAAUACAUUUGUUUGACAAUUGUUUUUUUCGUUAUACCGUUGUACGUAUAAAAGCAAUUUAUAUUUAAAUUUAAACUAGAACGUAAGAUUCGAUAUCGCUAAUUAGUUUUUUUACUUCAAACAUAUUUAUUUAUUGAUAAGCUAAUUAUAGUACAAUACGAAUGUAAAAUUAGAGGAUAAAAAACAAAAACAUUUAUUUCCCACCCAAACGAAAUUUUAAGCUAUUUAUGUAUAAAUAUUUAUAUAUUUGCACACGAGAUAUCGUGGGUCAAAGGUCAUCAUGUAAAUUCAGAACGAAAUUCCCCCACCAGAUGAGCUGUUCAUCCCUGGGAAUCGAUAAUUGACGUUUGAGACGUAAGAUAAUUUUGAACAGCAUUGCCCAUCGAAACGAUUGAAGAUAGAGCAAAAAUACAAGAGACCAAUUUUGUUGAGAAUAAAAUAUUCUAAAAAAAAAGUCCUCAGAUGCUUUCGCGUAUCAUUAAUAUUUCAGCCCCGGGAGCAGCUCAAAGUGGAACGUGUCAAACUGACAUUUGUAAAAGCUGAUUGGUUUUCAAAGUGCUAUCUCACAUAAAAAAUACCGAAGCUUCAGGGAUGUCGCUGGGGACUUUUUCGAAGGAAAUUUCCUGCUCCACCACUUUUGCUCUAUCUCUCAACGUUUGAGCAAUAUCUAGCCCAGAAGCUAUCGGUUCUGUCAAUUUUUCACUCGUAAUUCAGUUGAAGAAAAAUUUCCAUUGAUGACUCUUUAACCUUCGAUAUCCCGUAAAAAAUGUAUGUAUAAUUCAAUUAAAUAAUUGCCUGGCAGCAAA